AGUAACAAGGGCAAUCGGAAUAUUUUCAAUACCAUUUUUGGCAUGGAAGGAGAGACUGAAAAAGAACUUUUCUUUGCGCUCUCUAUCCCGAGAGAUGAGAUCGAUAGAUGUUCGCACGACAUGUGACGCCGCCCCAAAACGAUAACCCAGAGAGAGAAAGAGAGAGAGAGAGAGAGGCGCUUGGGGUCUUUAGCGAAGAAGAGUUUAGAGAGAGUGGGUUUGGGGUCUUUAGCGAAGAAGAGUUUAGAUGAGAAGAGAUAUUGGGGCGCCAGUGACGAGGGUUAGCGGCGGCGCAACCAGGGAGCGGGAGGCGCAGAGGAGAGAGAAAGUUUGAGAGAGAGAGGAAGAGAGAAAACCGCUGCUCUGCUCUUUCUUGUAUCUAUAUUUUGGGGAACAUGAGUAACGGCAGUAGCAACGGCAAUGGGAGGGAGAAUGCAAUCCCUGCCAUCCCUUCUAGUGCAAGAAAGAUAGUGCAGAGUUUGAAAGAGAUUGUUAACUGCCCUGACAAUGAGAUCUACGCCAUGCUCAGAGAAUGCAACAUGGACCCCAAUGACACUGUUCAGAGGCUCCUUUCGCAAGAUACCUUUCAUGAGGUGAAAAGCAAAAGAGAAAAGAAAAAGGAGAUCAAGGAUACUGCAGAGCCAAGGUCACGAAUUGUUGGCAGUGCUACAAAUCGUGGAGGCAGGGUUGGAGCAGCAGACCGUGGUGUUGGGCGUGCUGCUUCUACCCCUUAUAACUCCAGUGAAUCUGGAGGGACGCGUCCUAAAGUUUCAUACAAGAAAGAAAAUGGUACAAGUUCUUUGUCGUCGUUUUCAGUAUCUGGUAUGGCAGGAAGUAGUAUCAGCCGAAGAUCUACAUCUCCUAGUGAUUCCUUACCAAUGGAAAGCUGGGUACAGACAGCAAGCACAAGUGAAGCAUCUUCUGCAUCCUUUCAACCUUCAUCCAGGUUUCAACCUGCUUGGACUGGGGCUCCAGGCCAAGUUUCGAUGGCUGACAUUGUAAAAUCAGGUAGACCAUCUACUAAGGCUACAAACAUACACAUUGUAACAAUGGGAAUUCCCCCAACACCUCAAAAUUUGGACAGACUUCACAAUUCACACUACUCAGGGCAAAACUCCCAUAUGUCCCUUCCAUCGACAACAUUGCAUCAAGGGUUGCAUGCAGCUUCGGAUCUCUCCUCUGAUAUUCCUGAGACAGUUAGUCAUGAAACAAGUGUUCCAAUCAGUCAUGGUGAUGGCUGGUCCAUACUUGACCAACCACUGGUGAAUGUGUCUUUGAUUUCUGAGGUAUCUGCAAAUUCUGUGGCUUAUGCUGACCAAUUGUCUUCGCCAGCCUUACAUGUAGAACAGGGUAAAUUGCCUGCUAGUUCUCAUCAGUUAGAUGAGCUUCAAGUCCCAGAGGAAAGGCUUGACAUUCAAACCCUGGCAGCCAAGAACAGUGCUCCUUCCUCUGCAUCCAACAUGCAAAUGGCAUUGGAGGAUGCUGGAAGUGCACCACAUUCCGAAUUUUUUGAUGACAGCCUGUUCAGGAACAGUGUUUCGGGUCACUCUCGAAGGCUAACAGUCAACGACCAGGAAGGUGGUGAUGAUGCUUUGCAUAUGCCUCUUCCAGACUAUAGAUUACCGUCUGCAGCUGAGGAUGUGAAUGCAGCAAUAUCAUCAAAUGCUGCAAAAUUGCAGCAAUUGAGUUUACAGAAAGAGGAAAAGGGUGCACUACCUACAGAAGAUAAUUCUGCAUUGGUAAUUCCAGACCAUCUCCAGGUUCCAUCAGCAGAUUUCUCACAUUUGAGCUUUGGUAGCUUUGGAUCUGGUAUCAGUGCUGCAUAUUCUGUUACAAUGACAACAAAGAGCCCCCAGGAUAACUCAGAGGACACCCCUGUUUCUUCCUCGGAGCAGGCAGAAAUGAGGACUUCUGAGUACCAUGGCAGUGAGCAGCUGAAUUCUACCUCGACUGAGAAUAUGGGUUCUCGAAAUGUCCCGGGUGUUGGGAGUUAUGAAUCAACUCCAAUUUCGCAGGCUGACAUCAUGAAGCAUGAUGCAGUAGAUGCUGCAGGGCAAGGUCACCAGUACCCAUUUACUUCUGCUCCCAGUUAUGCAUUUGAAAAUGCUUCACAAGUUAAUGCUGCAACAUAUUCCUAUGGACACACUAAUUCUCAGAUGCAGAGUCUUGCACCAUUCUCAAAUGUUAUGCAAGCACACACGAGUUCAUCCCUGGGUAUUCAACCUGAGAGAGAAUCAGAUAUGCCGUACUCUCCAUUCCUUCUAACACAGUCAAUGCCAACAAAAUAUAGCACCACACUAUCUUCUAUUAGUGGUCCGAUUUCUUCCGUACCAGAGCUUGCAAAAGCAAAUGCAUUUCGCAUGCCUGCACAGCCAUCUCUUCAGACCCUGCCAAGCACUAGCAUUCCCACCAUGCCUCAGCAGCAGCAGCAGCACCUUCCUUCUGUGCAUGCUUUCUCACAGCCAACUGCUCUUCCUUUAGGCCAAUUUAGCAACAUGCUUAGCUACCCCUAUUUACCUCAGAGCUAUGCUUAUUUGCCUUCCUCUGCAUACCAACAUGCUUAUGCAGCAGGCAACACUGGGUUCCAUCAGUCUCCAUCAGCUGGGCAAGGUGCUGCCGGCAUCAAGUAUUCAUUACCGCAGUAUAAGAACAGCGUUGCUGUGAGCAGCUUGCCUCACUCAGCUGCUGCAGCCUAUGGGAGUUUUGGAACAAAUCCCCUUGGGAGUUUUGCUCUGAAUUCCUCUACGACAAGCUCUGGGAGCACAACAAUGGGUUAUGAUGACAUUGUAAGCUCGCAAUAUAAGGAUGGCAGCCACUAUGUACCUAUUCAACAGAAUGAAAGCUCUGCCGUGUGGGUCCAUGGGCCUGGUUCGAGGAAUGUAUCUGCUAUCCCAGCCAACACGUACUACAGUUUACAGGGCCAUAAUCAACUUGGUGAGUUUCGACAGCCUCAGCAGGCUUCUCACUAUAACACAUUGGGGUAUCCGAAUUUUUACCAUGCCCAAAUGGGAGUUGCUCCUCCUGCUGCUGCUUUGGAGCAUCAGCAGAGCCCAAGCGAUGGUGGUUCUCGGGCUCCCUCGUCACACCAAAUUUGGGCGCAUGGUUACUGAUGUUUUCUGAAUAUAUCCUGGUUUUUCAGGUCUCCCAAGAGUAGGUUGUAGGGUUUGAUCUGAGCUGCUUUUUAUCGGGGUAUGAUCGUUGUUGACUGUUGAGUUCAGUUCAAUUAGUUGUAAAUACCUACGGUAACUUUUUUCAAAGAAGGUGGGGGUUCUCAUCUAGGAACCAGAUUGUACUGCUUGUGCUUUGGUUGAGCUUGUAUUCUAGAUUAGUUUUUACACUUCUUUUUAACUUUCGGUGCACCGACUAAUUCACUAAUUUGUUCCCGGUUUUUUUUUUCUCUCUCUGUGUUGGUCGUGAGAAGAGGUUUGUUGCAUAGGACUCACUUUUUUUAUAACAAGUAAUUGUAACAGUGAGCAUCGCUUAUGAUUGCAAAAUAUUGAUGACAUUGAUAGUUGCUGGAA